UCCACGGCGCUCGGGCCGCAGUGCUCCCGUCGCGCGAGGCAGAGCCGGCUGGCGCCGCUGCAACGCGGAGGCGCGACCCUCCCCGGCCGCCUUUGUCUGCAAGGCGUGCGGCCUGGAACGGCCGCCUUCGGGGGCGGGGGACGCGCCCGCGGCCAUCGGUGACAGCUCCUCCCUCCCGCAGCCCUCCGUGGCAGAGGGGCGGUCGGGCAGGGCCCUGCUCACUCGCUCCUGCACGUCGGCGCGCGCGGGCCGAUGCCCCCGCAGCAGGGGGACCCCGCGUUCCCCGGCCGCUGCGAGGCGCCUCCCGUGCCGCCGCGCCGGGAGCGCGGGGGACGCGCGGGGCGCGGGUCCGGGGAGCCGGGGGGCAGGGGGCGCGCGGGCGGUGCCGAGGGGCGCGGCGUCAAGUGCGUGCUGGUCGGCGACGGCGCCGUGGGCAAGACGAGCCUGGUGGUGAGCUACACCACCAACGGCUACCCCACCGAGUACAUCCCCACGGCCUUCGACAACUUCUCGGCUGUGGUGUCUGUGGAUGGGCGGCCUGUGAGACUCCAGCUCUGUGACACCGCCGGACAGGAUGAGUUUGACAAGCUGAGGCCUCUCUGCUACACCAACACAGACAUUUUCCUGCUGUGCUUUAGUGUCGUGAGCCCCUCAUCCUUCCAGAACGUCAGUGAGAAAUGGGUACCAGAGAUUCGGUGCCACUGUCCCAAAGCCCCCAUCAUCCUAGUUGGAACGCAGUCGGAUCUCAGGGAAGAUGUCAAAGUCCUCAUUGAGUUGGACAAAUGCAAAGAGAAGCCGGUGCCCGAGGAGGCGGCUAAGCUGUGUGCGGAGGAAAUCAAAGCUGCCUCCUACAUUGAGUGUUCGGCCUUGACUCAAAAAAACCUCAAAGAGGUCUUUGAUGCAGCCAUUGUCGCUGGCAUCCAAUACUCGGACACUCAGCAACAGCCAAAGAAGUCUAAAAGCAGGACUCCAGACAAAAUGAAAAACCUCUCCAAGUCCUGGUGGAAGAAGUACUGCUGUUUCGUAUGAUGCUGGCAAGACGCUCAGAAAGGCUAUAUUCAAAUGAAAUAGAUAUGAGAAGCUAUAUUAGCUGCAAUGACUCCUUUUACUGUGUAGAACCCGUAUAGCGAAUGUGCGUGCACUUGUAUUAUAGGAGGAGCUCUCAAUUUAUGUAUUCUUUCUUGCCUUUAUUUUUUUUAUUGUUUGUUUGAACUUAGGGAUAGAAACUUAUGCAAGAUAUUUUUGAAGUAAGUUAAAAAUUUUUCAAAGCUCUGCAAAUUUAGAGCUUUAGACCUCUUGAUUAACUUAUACCUAAUGUGAAGAAGACACCUCAAAUCUGGAUCUGACAAGAAUGAAAUUUUGCUACAUUAUAAUGUACAGAAGAACAAAAGGGGGAAUGCUAUGGUUAACCCUCUCUUGAUUAAGGGCUACUUAAUGCACAGUGUAUUAUGUACAUGGUCAACCAUGGUAAGAACAAUUCUUAGCUUCAUACCUUUUUUCUUUAAGGAGCAAAAAUCUAAGAAAAAAUGAGAGAUCUCUGCCUACAAAACCUCAGACCAGUCACUUUUGUUAUUUACUAAUACCCGGUUGCUUAAGAUUGAAAAACAACCAACAAAAACAUCCCACUGACUUUAUGGCAGAAAAGAAAACCUGUUUAUGGCGUUUUUCACCCUUAGACCAGUUGUGUUGAGGCUGGGUGAACAUAGCCAAAGUGCCAUGCAGAGGAAAGCAAGUGCUGGUCAAUAGUUCUGAUACUUUUCUUUAGGGAGUGAUUCAUGUUGAGAUCAGAAUGUGAUAUUUGCUUUCAGUACUGUAACAUGUGCACCAAGCCACCUAAAUCCCAGGUAAUUAGAGCGCUCGGGAGCACCUAUCUGAAUUGUUUUUAACUUUCCGUACGCAAGUUGUUCCAUCUGCAGGGAAAUGAACACUCUUGCAAGGCUGACAGCAAAUGUUUGUGGGACACAAAACUUAUCUUUUGUUUUCUUGGCAAGUCAGCCAAAAUGUACUUCUGUGCGUACACGCUCGUACCCAUGCACACACGUGCCCACACGUAUGUAUGUAUGUAUGUAUGGGUGUACUUGCUGCUGAUUCAGGCUUUUAAACAGUUAAUGGGAAAAAGCAUGGCCCCAAAACAGAUGUUAGGGAAGCUUCGCUGCUGCUUCUGGUUAACACUUUUUUGAACAGACAUCUUAUUGAUUUUACCCUAGAUGUGAUUUUAAGUAUAUCUUAAUAUACACGUUUUUGAGACCAUUUUAAAACAAAACAAAAAAGAAAAUGAACAUUUCUUGAAACCUGUUAAAACAGCCAGUUAAAUCCACAGAUGGCUUUCAGGGCACUGACAGCAUGAACCAGCACUGUGUGUUCUGAGGAGUCAGAGGGCUGGGUGGCAGGUGUGGUGGGGUCUGGCGUGGCCAGCCAGGUGCAUGCUGGGACCAUGGCCCCAUGCUUGGCUUCUUCCUUACUGUGGGACAGUCGGAAAACCACAUUUGUGAAACUAUUCUUCAAGGUGGCAGUUUUUAGGCUGAAUCUUCUGGAGAAAAAUGUACCUUGACAGGAGAGUAGUUUUUACUCUGUGGUAGGUAUGCUCUGAGAUGGCACAAGGCAGCCUGAACAUUUUGAAUUGUAAUGUCAAGCUUACAGUGGGUGAAGCAGAGUCACCAAAAUCACAUCAAUAACUAACUGCAGAAAUCUCUGUAAAGCCAGUGUAUGGAAGAGUUUUACUUUUCUGCAGGUUUUGUGUUGUCGUUUUUAUAUUUAAAAAAACCCAAUUUGUGUUUUCCUAUAGGAAAAGUGAAAAGAUAAGAUUAUACUUUAGAUUAGGGGCUUCUUUUAUUCCUGUUAAUAAAUAAAGUGAGUAAGUUUCUUUGUUUAACAAAGGUUAAUCCUUAAACCACUAAAAUAUAUAGAUUGUUAAUUACUGAAUUUUCAACACAUCGAAAUUGAUAUUGGUCCUAGUUUUCUGAAGCAUUUAGUUACAACCUGAGGGAAUUGAAUUAUUUGUGGAAAUGCCUAAAAUAGACCUAAUUAAACACAUCUCAUCUUGCUGUGCCUGGCUCACCUAUUUGUGGAACUCUAGGCUUCCCCAUCUGGGCUUUGCCUGCCCCGGUAUGCAAAGGAUGGGGAGGGAAGAUGAGUUAUUUCACUGGUAAAUAAUUUUACACAUUAUUUUUAUAUUAAAGCAAAUGGCAUGGAGUACAAUGCAGAUUAAGUCUUCAGAUAGAACACAAAACUUGAAAGAAGUUUUAUGCAUGUGACAGUGUUUGGGGCUGCACUUGGUUCCCCUGGAGGGGCCCUCAACACACUCUGCCUUUAGGCCACUGGUGGGACGUGGUUAGUGAAGGACACCCUGUGUAGCCCAGUUCUGAAAGCUUUAUGCAAGCAGCAUAAUUUGACCAGGCUUCAUACAGCUUGGACCAUUAGUGCUAAAAUUCUCCUGGGUUAAUAUUUAAAUGAAACAGUUUUUAAAAAAUAUGUUGCUGUAUUUUAUAGAAUAGUAAAGGUAUGAUUAUAAUUGAGAUUUUUCAUUUUUCUUUGUGAAAAUAGAGUUUUGGGCUGAAAAUUUUUCGUAUGUGUUUGAGUUAAAUAUAAAAAGUUGGUUCAUUUCAAAGCUCAAAAAUUGUUAAACUUGCAGCUUGGUAUUGCAGAGAAGAUUUUAUAAGAAUUUUGCUUUAGAGAAUGCCACUUUGGCUAAACUCCUACAGUCUAGGCCAACGUCAUAAUUUUAAAAAUACCACAUAUUCCAAAACUGUUAAUCUCUUUUUACCGUGUGUGUAUAAAUGGACCUUUCGUAACCUUGUUCUCUGCUUGACAGACUUAAGAGAAACUACCCAGGUAUUACAUAAGCCAAAAUGAGAGCAAGGUCUUCUCUCCAGACUAUGGUAACCUGGUGCCUUACCAAGUUGUGCUUUUCUGUUUUCAUGUGUAAAUGAUGUUGAGGAGAAUGUUGUGCUUGAAAAUGCUAUAAAUGAGAUGGUAUGAAAUAAAUUCUGACCUAUG